AUUAUUUGUGAUGUACAUACAACCACGUCUGUUCAGGAUCUUUAACAGUAUGUUCUGUUCUGUUUACAACGUGUCUAAACUCCUGCCCUAAGUCUCCGACUUGUAUACGUCAUCGCGUAUCCCCAUGUGGACCAAUCACAGCGCAGGAGGGCGUAGAGCGGUCUCGCGCCGGGUAAAAGGGAUUUGACAGUUGCGGGUCUCGAGCCGAUCCUCCGGUUACUUCCUCGGUGGGACGGAGACGAUGGCGGCUGCUGCCUGCGGCCAUAGCGCCGCGGUGACGGCCGCCGUUAGCGGCAAGAAACAGCACACCGGCCGGGAGCACAGCCGCAGGAACAGGGAGAACUCCCGCCGGAGACAAGCCGCUCUUUUGUUUCUCAGUAACAUCUCCCUGGACGGGCGGCCGGUCCAGAGUAAUCCGGCCGAGAACCACAAAGACGCCGACACGGAGGGAGCCGGCUCCGCGGCGGCCGCUGCGUGUCCAGAGCCUGGCAACAAAAGCAGCUACGGGACGUUCUCUGGUGUGUCCGCAGCACCGAGGACGGCGCCCCUCAAUGUGCCGCCUAUCCUCGUCCUGCCGUCGGACUCGGGCUUCAACGACGUGGGGAGCGCCGAGGUGCUGCUGGGGUGCCGCCGAGGCUCUAUCUCCUCUCCCGGGGACAGCAACCUGCUGUCCCCGUCCACCUCCAACACCAGCUUGCUGCCGUCGCCGCUGGGACCGCGGAAGUCCUCCACGCUGCUGUCGGUCCAGAGCUGCAACUCGGUGUCCUCGGAGCCCAGACACAGAACCCGUAACCUCUCCGGCGGUUCUCCUCGGCCUCGACACACAAAGAAGAUCCACUUCAUCAAGAACAUGAAACAGUACGACACCAGAGGCAGCAGGAUUGUGCUCAUCUGUGCUAAGAGGUCGCUGUGUGCUGCCUUCUCUGUUCUGCCCUACGGAGAGAGCUUCUACCUCAGUGACCCCACGUUAAACCACCCCAGGAGGAGACACUCAUCUGGAAACAUCUCCACCACCCUGGAGAUGCUGCCGGGGCUGGAGGGCUUCCACCUGGACACCUAUGGACGGUCGGUGUCGUACGCCCAGUUCCUGUAUCCCACCAACGCUCUGGUGAGGCAGAAACCGUCGUCGACCAGCGACCUGACGCUGCAGAUCCCUGUUUCCAGGAGCGCACACAGUAUGACGGGCAGGAACUUCCCACCUAGCCGCCUGAACAGCACUGUAGGACUGGACCUGGGUCUGGAAGAUGUGACCGACUACGACCCCAACAUCCUCAGCGACCCCCAGUGGCCUUGUGGGAAACACAAACGAGUGCUGAUCUUCGCCUCCUACAUGACGACCGUCAUAGAAUACGUCAAACCAUCCGACCUGAAGAAAGACAUGAACGAGACUUUCAAGGAGAAGUUUCCUCACGUCAAACUCACCCUCAGCAAAAUCCGCAGCCUGAAGCGGGAGAUGCGGGUCGUUGGGGAGGAUUGCGGCCUGCAGCCCGUCACCAUCGCCAUGGCGUUCGUCUACUUUGAGAAGUUGGUGCUGCAGGGUCGACUCAACAAACAGAACCGGAAGUUGGUGUCAGCUGCCUGCAUCCUGUUAGCUGCCAAGAUCAGCAGCGACCUGAAGAAACAGGAGGUCAAACACCUCAUCGAUAAGCUGGAGGAACGUUUCCGGAUCAGCCGGAGGGAGCUGAUUUCUUUUGAGUUCACCAUCCUGGUGGCCCUGGAGAUGGCGCUGUACCUCCCUGAGAGUAAAGUGAUGCCACAUUACCGGCGGCUGGUGCAGCAGCAGCAGCUGUAGAGGAGCGCUGCUGCUGUUUCCUUUAAGCUCCAACACUGUGACCAACAGACCGAUCCUGGAGGGUUCAUCCAGAAGCUUCCUCCUCAGACUGACGGCGGUUCGACUCCAGUGCCUGGCUCAAAGGCCUCCUACCCUCAGACACCAAAGUGAUGACACACUGUGAGUUCAGCAGCAGCAGGACCGAUGGGACGAAUGGAAGUCAUCACAGCCCCUCCAAAUCAUGUCUCACUCAUAGGAAUACUCAUUUUUUUAUUUUUAUAUGGGACUUUUUUGACCAUUUCAGACAAAAUAAUAAUAAUUAUGGAGCCAGGAAGCCGGGGAGGCACGUAAUACGCACAGAAAAACAGAAUAUCGAUGAUUUAAGUUGAAAAUUCAGUAGAAAAAAAUCUAAAAACAGUAAAGAUUAAAGACUUCCAGGAACUAAAGUCAAUUCUUUACUUUAUUUUCUUCUUUUUAAGGAACCACAUCCAUUCAUAUUUCCUCUUCACACAUCAGUGAGGAGGUGAUGUUAAUGAUAAUGUGGUGAUUCUGGGCUAAAUUCAGGAGAAUUUACUUGAAGCUAAAUUAAAGCUUCCACUGCAGCAGUAAUACAUGACCAGCUGUGGUCACUGUGAUCUGAUUCCUUGAUCAAAAAGAUCCAACUUUUCUUGCAAAUUUAUGAGUUACAAGAAUAUUUUAGUGUUUUUUAUUCCCCUCAUAAAUUUACAACCUUUAUCUUGGGAAUUCUGAUUUGUUUCUCUCUGAAUAUUUCCACCUUAAUUACUCCAUAAUAUUCAUUUAUUUAAUUUUUUUUUUAUUACUGUUUUGUACCUGCGCUGACCAUAAUACGCCGUAAACUUUUACACCUUUGGCUGUCGUUUCUGUAGGUUUUGGAAUGUUUCCCAGAUGUUGUAGUUGCUGGGAGUCGACUAAACUCAUCUCUCCACGUAGUUUCUGCUUAAACUUGUGCGACUACUUUUUCAUCAUUUCAUUGGGCCUUUGUCGAAGCUGUUUUCAUCUAAAAUCAUCACAGUUUAUUUGCAUAUUGGCCUAAAAGGCAACUAAAAAGUUGCUCGAUCAAACCGUUUAAAGGAUAACUUCACUAUUUCAAAUCAGCCUCAUAAAUACUGAAAAUAUCUUCUUUCUGUUGCUGUGAUUCCAACAGAGAGACACAAAUUUUGAAUUUUUCACUGAAAAAGUCCAAAUUGAGACAGAUUCUCAAACUCAAGACCACUGAAGAAUCAGAUUAACUCAAGAUAAAGUUUUGAAAGACUAGACGUUGUCCUCUGUCACCUCUCUGAAGCACAAAAAUCAGAAAACAUUCAAACAAAACCUGUUUCAAUGUGCAUAGACACACCUUAACUUUGCUUUACGACUAACCUGAAUAAGUGUGCCGUUAUCCUUUACACCCGUUUUGACCACCAGAGUCCUGAAAACAAUCAUGUGCACUCAACAAUCAUUUCAGUGUUCUUUACUGCCGUUCUCAUGUUCCUGUAAGGCCAAAAAAGUCUUUAAACAUUUCUGGAAAUGAGGGGAAACUGUAGUUUCUAAUGUUCCAUCCUUUUUUUUUACAGCUAAUUUAAUCAAAUCUGAACUUUUCUCCUUCUAGUUCUGACGUCAGGCUUCAGUUCUCUGAACUUGCAGCUGACUAGUUUCUCGUUUCCAGUCUUGGUUUCAUGUAUUCGUGGUCGACUCAUUUCCACUUUCUCUUCACACCUCCGUCUGGUUGGACUUUAUUUUGGCGAGUUAAGAUUUGCCGGUGACAUUUUCUAAACAUCAGUCAGAGUUUGGAUGUUUAAGUGCCUUUACUGAAGUCGGUUAUCGCUGAGGAGGAGUCACUGUUUAGAAUUUAUCCCUCAGUUUUAGUGAUUCAAACCAGCAGCUUCAACUUUUCUUCACCUCUUCUGUCUUUAUUUAUUCUAGUCUUGUGCUCAUUUUCUUCUGUCAUUUUGAACAUGGCUAUGAUGAGAAACUAGUCAGAUUAGACUAAAAUACAUGAAACAAACUCUUACAUUGACGCCUCUGCUGCACUCAGAAUGUCCUUUGAUCAUCAGACAGGAAGUACAGCCAUGACAUCCUGUGAAAUGAGUUUCCUUCUACAGGUAGUUUGGUUGCUUGACGUAAAAUUAACAGCGUUUAAUCUUCUAAAUGCGGCUCUGAUCUUCCAAAAUCUGACAAACGUGGCCAAUGUUUUCUUUCGAAUUGCACCAGAAUGGUAGCCUAGCUGCGCUAGACAACCCACGGCAACGAAUUUAAUUCUCUGCCAGGGUGGGUCUAGUUACCCUCCAUAAGGCUCGAGGCUGGAUUCUCCUAAAACUGGCCGGACCAAUCACCAUGAAGUGUAGAGUCAGAAGGCGGGCGUAACUAAGUGACGACAGAGGCGUGACGAUUCUGACAGAAACAACCGGCGCACGAUAAACAGUUAUCUUUCGACUUGGCUUUGGCCACAGCCCUUAAAGAUUUGAAGCUAAAAUUCAACUUGAAAGAUAAACAAAGGACGGCACUGAAGUGUUUCAUUGAGAAGAAAGACGUAUUUGGACUUAUGCCGACGGGAUGUGGCAAAUCCUUAAUAUACCAGUUGGCUCCGCUGGUUGGGAAGCUAAUGGGACUUAGCCACAAUCCGCCGGCGCUCUAGGAACUCCGUCAGCCUAUUCGUUGCGCUGAUUGGUUGUAUACCUACCCAAUUGCUGCAGAGUGAUUUGAUAGACAACCUUUUAGCCCGCCUCCCUCCCUGUCGAGCGUUCCUAGACCCUUGUGUCUUCAGAGCAUGGGUUUAGCGCGGCUAGGCUACCAGAAUGGUGGAAAACACAUUAAAACCAGUGUUGUACUAUUCUCAGUUAAAACGUUUGUUGAAUUCUAUAUUUUUAUGAGCUACAAUAACUGAAAGAAGCUCAUCACAGCCGAAGACAGAAAAGCUGCAGAUUAGGUCGAUAUUUAAGGCAGAAUUUUAAAACCAAGAUGAAAAAUUAACCGCCGCAAGUGAAAGAUUUUAUUUACCUUGAUCUGGCUGCUCUCAGUUUCUAGAUGUUUCAUUAGCACUAGAGCUAAAAUGACUGAUUAGUUGGCAAGUUUUUGUCCUGACAUUGUAUAGAUAACAAGAUUAAUGAUCCCUAAUGAAAACGAUAGAACCCACGGUGACACCAGUGUAGCAAGCACUUUGAAUGCCCCAGUCUCUUCCUUGUAAAGUUAUGUCUGACCUUAACUCCUUAAGUCCUUUAAGGAAAAAUGGGUCUGGGUUCUUAUGGGUUAAAGAUCAGAAUCAGGGUUGAUCGAGGCAUUUCUAAAAUGAUCAGAAUCAGGAAUCUAAACCUGGUCGUUUGUUUUUGUCUGGUGUCACACAGGUGUUGAAAAGCUAGAGCACAGUUUGUGGUGGGAUGCUAAGGGUUCGGUUUUCUUAAGGCAAGUUUUUCAAGCAAUAUUAUGCAACAUUAUUAAUCAAUAGCUGAUUAAUCAACUAAGUGAGCACACUGGUUUUUUUUCCUAAUUUAGCCAACAAAACCCAGGUCGGGACUGUAAAUGUGUUUUUGUCCUAGUUGAUCUCAGCUCCUCUAAAAACAAAUUAGCGCUAGUCAGAAGUCAGUAAGCACCACGAGUCUUUGUCAUGGUGCCUGUUGCCAACAUGAACUGUAGUCUGAGUGAAGCCUCCUCUGGUCUCUACAGUAUUAAGGAGGAAGAGGCUCCACCUGGUGGAACAACCAGGAACUACAUCUUACAUAUAUUUACUGCCAUCAUGGAGAUAAUUCAGGUUUUCUACAUCUUUGAACAGUACAUCCUAAACUCUAACACUACAUUUAGACAGAGUCCUGCUGCAGCUUUACCACAAGGUUCCUGAACACCUACAGAACAUUCAGGAACAGACUGGAGGCAGAAAUGCAUUUUUUAAAAUGCAUUUCAGAGAUAUUCAGUUGUCAAGCAGAUAAAUUGGAUUGUUUUUAUUAGCUUUAAUGCACCUAAAGUGUGUGUUAUCAGGAAAAUGGCACCGGAUUAAGGGCAAUAACCUGAUCAGGACGUCUCUAAUGGUAGUAAUACUUGCAGCUCUAGUAAACACCCAACAGUCUGACAUUUUGUGCUGCAGAUCUGAUUUGCAUUAAAGUUCUGGGUGGAGACUAAACUUACGUAAGCGACACUUCGGCUCUUUAUCGGUACAACAGACCUGUGACGACUGACUUCUAUUUUCUGAUGUUUCAUGAAACAGAAACAGCAGUUUCCUGAAGUGGACUUGAUAAAGACGUUGUUUAACAGAAGGAACUCGCCGACUUCCUCAUUCUGUGUGAGGAGGGACACCACAGCAACCUUUCCGUUUAGGGAACUACCUUAUUUAUGGUGUUUUCACUGUAUCAUAAAGGGACGAAUAUUUAACCCGACUGAAGCCUCUGACAGGAUGUUUGUGACGUUUCUCCUUCUUGUUGGAGGACAAACGAACUCCUCCCACAGAGCUCCGGUUGUUUUUGCACUUUGCCUUUUAGCUCCACGACCCUGAAUCUUUAUUUUACCUCUGAGGGUAAUAUUUUUCUACGUGUGUUGUUGUAAUGUUGUACAAUGAAAACCGGCCGAGUCACUGAACUUUAUUUAUAGCUGAUAAAAACGCCAGAUGGAGAAUCGUGUUUGUUCUGUAAACCGUCAAACCUGCAGCGGAUCAUUUAACUGAAAACAGUUUGGAUUAAACACGAUUCUUCAUCUCCACAGUUCACGCCGACGUUCUUCCGCUGAUGUUGUUUUCUCUCUUGAGCUGUUCGUGUUUUGCGGUCGAGGUUCGUCUUCUUUGAGAGUCGGAGCAGGAGAGCAGAUUGAGUUACGUGGACCAGAGUUGGCAGGAUAACUCUGGGGGUUUAUUCUUUAAUAUGUUGUCCGGCUUUACGUAUUUUUUUGGGAUUGUGUGCAUAGACUUUGGGAGAGUCAAUAAUAGAUCCAAAGUAAAAGAAAAAACAAGCAAAAUGUUUGGUUUUUGUUUCUGCACAAAAAUGUCAGUAGUUAUUGCUCAUCAACCCUCUGAACUCCAAGCAGCAUUUUCUGACUGUUUUUUAGUGGUUUCCGUCUCAUUUUUUCUUCAUUGUUGGUUCAUUUUUCUCUGUAAUCUAAAGUCCUGCAGCUCUAUAGAAACAGAACAACCGUGAAUAUUGGUAGCAAGAACUCAGAAAUGUCUUUUUUGGUAUGACACAGUUAAUAUUGACAAAUAUCUAGUUAAUUUUUAAAAAAAAAAACUCUAGACUUUCCUCUGUGGAAACAAAACAACCAUGAUGAAGGAGAGAGAAUUGUUUGUGCAGACACAGUUGUGAUGCCAAAAGUUUAAUUUCUUGAUUAAUUUUGCUAAAACUUUAAAAAAAAGUGGAAUCAGCUUGAACAGCAUUUUUCUCACUAUCAGUACUGAAAAAAGGGGCUUUACACAGCCUGCAGUUCAGCCGAGUUAAACCAAAAUGUUUCCUGAAUUUUCGGUGCAAGACUCUGAGCCUCAGAUUUGUCAGUAAUAGGCCCAUGAAUGUGCAGAGGAACUCAGAAUUUUUAGUUUUUUACAGAAUCUGGCUACUGUAAUUGGUUUAUUUUUGGCAAGUUUUUGAAUGAGACCAAGAAUAAAGCGAUUUCUGAUGAAAUAUUCCUGUUUUAAAGUUUUUCAACAGAGCAACAGUCAGGGAAUGUUGGAAUGUAAAAAAACAAACACGACGAUUGUUUCUGUUUUUACAGUGUUUGACUCUAAAUUUAAAAGAAAAAAUGUAAUUAUUAACCUAUUUUUUCAGAGCUUGGAGUUCAGAAGGUUAAAUGUGUUUAACUGCAAAUCAAGAAUAUCUCAAAACUCAAACUGUGUGAAUAUCAAGUCUACGUUUGUUUUUUCAGGAGUUAUUUUUCAUAUCAGUCUGAAUUAAAUGUCAUAAAACUCUAACCCUGAAAAAAUAACUCAAACUUGAUGUUUAUAGAAAAUUACACAAAAACUGUUGAUUUUUCUUUCCAAUCACAUAGAAGUUAAAGUAAUAAAACACCUGAUUGGUCCUAUGAGACAGUUUAGAUGUCAGUUUGAGGUUUCUGACUUUAAAAUGAAGGUUCUUCUCUCUCCUGCUCCAACAAAUAUGUAGAAGACGAAUCUUUGCUCUAUUUGCACUUAAACGCCUCAGAGCAGAGUCGUACAUUUAAACAGCAGGACUUCCUUUAUUUAAGCAUCUAAAAUAAUAAAUAUGUUGUAAGAAACACGUUAAAUAUGCGACUCUGCUUGAGCGUAGAAACACACGAUCUUCCAAAGUCAUCUUCUCUACAUUAGAGAUUUGUGAAAUUGAUUCUAUGCAGCUUUUAUUCUGUCCGCCGACCUUCAUCCUCCUCCUCUUCCUCGGUGUGUUUACCUGUAACGUGCCACAGCGUUUUUUUCACUCUUAUUUAAACCUCACCUCGUGUUUUGUUUAUUGUUUUGUAUCUAUUAUUAUUAUUUUGUUCUUCUUUAAGCACUGUAACGCUGAAAAGGGAAUUUCAUUCACGUCUUCCAUUUCUAGUUCUUGUUUUUACAUUUUAAGUUAUUUCUCUGUUAAGUUAAUUUUUGUAUCGUGUCUGUUUUCUGUCCGACAACGUGGUCGAAGCAUCACAAUGUAAACGUGUGGAAAUAUUAUUUAUGUUGUUGUUCUUGUUGCCACUUUUAUAUCAAACUCUUUUAGUGAUUAAAUGCAGUUUUAAAAAGGUUCCGGACGUGUUGUGACGCAACAAGAGUGAAUAUUUUUAUUACAGCCUGACGUUGACCUUUAAUGGUGUCUCAUAGUAACUAGUAGUUACAAUUUCACUGCAAAAUUAGAGGGAAAAAAGUGGAUCAAAAUAUAGCUAAGAAUUUUUUGUAAAACAUAAAGACCAGAUACUGUUUAAACUGCCAAUGUUCAAUUCAAUGUCAAGUUUAUUUUCAUUAAAAACAUGUAAAAUACA